AUGCCCCCAUAUCAUGUGCCUUCUGGAGCGACAAUUUCCGGACUCUGCCCGCAGGAUCUGCCACCAAAUGAGUUGCAGGAUGCUAUUCAAGUAUUCUUCAGACACAAAAGACCAAUAUUCGAUACGACAAUGUGCCUUCUAACAUUUUUCACUACACCUUCCUCAUGCAGGCCAGGUGUCAUGUCGAAUAUUGAUUUUCUUACUUCCGAGGACAGCUGGACCUUGAACACAUUGACUCGAUUUUGGGGCGCAAUAGCUCCCGAAGGCGGCCAGCUUGACUACGCUGAAAGCACCUUGUCGAGUGUAAUAUCCUUUCUGGAUCGUAUUCGCGCGUUUUACACCCGUACCUCGGGCUUCGAUUCUCGCUCAGCAGUCGUGAACAGGGUGUCAACAUUGUACUCGCAGAUCACAACGACUUUUCUUGUCGCGGACUCAUUACCUUUACCGUCUCCCGUUGAAAAAAGACUUUGUCUCAUGGUUUUCGAUCUUGCUCUCACUGAUUCAAAGUGGGGGCCUAGGCUUCGAAGCUUUGCGGGGAACACACUAUCAAAUCUACUCGAAGUAAGAAAAGAUCACAAGCGUUUCGACGCAUUUGGUCAAGAUCUCCAGUACGCUAUAUCCUUGAUAAUCUCGCUCCACGAGCAAAAUCCGCUACAGAACUUGCGCUUGCUGCCCUUAAGUCGAAUGCCGUCAUUUGAAGAUUCGGAAAUUCAGCAAACCAGCCACAGCUACUUCUGCAAUCCUGUGCCCGACACAGACAAUCAUGACCUCGAAAGACCGUCAAAGAGAGCACGCCUGGCCACUGUCAAUGGUGGUCAAACCAUGAACGACGUGCGAUCAAGCAUCGUGAGCAAGAUCUACAGCUUGUUGGGUCUUCCCGAUAACACCGCGCUUAUAGGCCUUAGUCGGAAUGCGGUCGACUGCUUUCCAAGGCUUUCUGAGGAGGAACAGUGUUCCUUAUGUGCUGCGAUUGGGCAACUGGCUUGCGCAAGCGCCCAAGCUUUGCCAGAGACCUUGAUUAGCGAAUAUCGACGACCAGUAAAUAACAAGUGCUACAUCUGUGACGCGGACAUGAGGGACAACAGUAUAUCAACACAGUGGGAGUGUUCCGGGUCGGAAGAGGCGUUUUCCACUAUACUCAGCCUAAUCAAAUUGCCCAAAACCCAAAAAUUUCGAAGACCUCGUGUCGCAGCUACGCUGGCUCUAAAACGUUUGUUGUCUCAUACCGCAAAGGAAGAGCACUUGAACCUGACAAUGUCCGCGUAUGGCCAAUGGUGCUUACAAGCCUUGCAAAGUUCUAUACGGGAAUUGCGCAUUGCGGCUGGGAUCUCUGGUGGUGACGAGAUGAAUAUUGUUCUUCUGAAACUUGUGGAAUACUUAGGCCACACUAAUGCAUUAAUAUCUGGACUUGCGUAUGAUGAGAUUCAAAAGAUAUCUAAUCAUUCCCAUUUUUCAGCAAUGAAGCUGUUUGCUCCGUACUGGCGUACCAUUGCGGUCACAGUGGUACAAGAUAUACACCGCCGUCCCCAGAUUGCGCAGCAGAUCUCAGACUUGUUGGCGAUGAGUGUUUCUGACUUCCUUUCCAUGACUCAAGUACACACAGUCCCUUUCUUUGUCUUGACGAAGAAGCAGGACGUAUUACAACGAAUUGCCGACGCUUGUGGACAGUCGAUCAUGGUGCUGUGCAGGGAACACAACAAUUUGGCUGCGAUUCUUUCAUGUAUACUGCUCCGAACUUCUAGCGAUGUAGAGAGUCUAGUCAUGGGCUUACUCAAUGCUGUUUCUCCAGAGUUCGGCAACGUGAAUUGUGCCGAAUUGCUGAAAUCGGAGCCACAAUCAACAGCGUCUGAAUUAUUGAGGGCUGCAGGUGAGAAUGAUGAAGCAAAGAGGCCCAAGGCUCAUCAAGCCCUCCAUUUUCUCGCCGACAUUACCCAUGGUAGAUCGAUUGCUGGCCGAGGAACGGCUCGUAAGAUGGAUUGGAUCGGUCCAUUCUUCGAGACCCACGUGCUGGGUAUCAUGGCUCUUCUUGCCGAUACAAUAAACGAUGGGAAAGGUCCACAGCCUAUCCUCGAGAAGACUAGAUGUUUGGGCGCGAUUCGCGAAAUGAUAAAGCUUGCAAAAAGCCAUGUCAGCAACGGUCUGCCACAGAUAUGCGCAUGUCUUCGAUCCGCGAUCGAAAUUAAAGCUCUUUCCAAUCAAGGCUUUAAGGCUUGGAUUGUUAUGAUGACUACCCUUGGGGAAGACGACAUUGCAACGCUUGUAGACCCUACGUUUGCCAUUAUCGUUCAGCAUUGGGACUCGUUUGUGGCCGACAUCCAGAAAGAGGCAUACGAGAUGAUUAGUUAUCUCCUGAAAUCCCAUUCAUCUAUGAUAUGCGACAUCGUACACACCCUACCCUCGCUUGCCCCUGUACCAUUAAUGGCCAAAUUCGAGGAAGAACUGGGCGGGCUGAAGGCUAGGAUGGGUAUAAAACACCACUAUCAAGCUUUCAGCCAGCGAUGCCAAAACGAAAAUGUGACGGUUGUCUUCCGAGCUCUUUCUGAGCUCGCCGAGUACCUGGUGGAAAAUCAAGGCUUUCUGCAUGAGACCGCCAACAGUGAACAACCUGACCCUGUCGUGGGCCAACUGGCUCGGUCCAUCCUGGAUACCUCCGUGCUUUUCAAUAAUACGCAUCCAGAGAUAUCUAUUCUUUGUGCCAAGUGCAUAGGACUUGUGGGAUGCUUGGACCCCACGCGCAUUGAAGCGGUCCGGGAGAAAAAGGAGAUACUGGUCCUUUCCAACUUUGGCAGGGACGACGAGGCAAAUGACUUUGUAAUCUUCUUCCUUCGUGAAGUUUUGGUCAAAGCCUUUCUCUCGGCAACCAAUUCAAGAAGUCAGGGCUUCUUGGCAUAUGCCAUGCAAGAAUUGUUAAGCAUUUCAGAGAUCAAAGAAUCUGUGAGGCCUCGCCCACGUGAUGCCCCAUUUGACGCGAACUAUCGCAGAUGGGUAUCGCUCCCGGAAUCAGUGAGGACAACUUUGAUGCCCUUUACUAAUUCCAAAUAUUUCGUCACCGCUGGGAUAUCGCAGCUACCCUCUACCUACCCUUUGUAUGAUGCAAAGAUGGGUCAUGGGCAAUGGCUCCGGACGUUCACCUUUGACCUCCUCAAGAGGAAAGUAGGAGAUGGCAAGGUACAGACCAUCUUCUCGGUUCUCAGUCGGAUUAUUCGAUUUCAGGAUAUAUCCAUAUCGAACUUCCUCCUACCAUUUGCUUGCUUGAAUGUUAUCAUCAACGGUAACGAUCGUGAGAAGCUAGAAAUCGGUCGAGAGCUUCUCCUUGUAUUGCAUGAACCUUUGCCAGAACAGGGUCAUUCUAAGGAUAGCACAAUCCUUUGCAGCCAGACCGUCUUUCAAGUCCUCGACUACCUUUCGCGUUGGAUGCAAGAGAAGAAAAAAGAAAAUGCCAAUGCGAAAAGCGCAGGAACAAGGGCAGGUCGAAUACCGUCCGAAGCCGACCUUGAGCGGGAAAUUGUGCAGAUACAAAGUGUGGAUACAGUCCUUGCACUGAUACCCGCGGACGUGAUAUCCCGCCGGGCCGUAGAAUGUAAAUCUUUCUCCCGCGCACUCUUUCAUUGGGAGCAAUUCAUCAGGCAACAACGAGAUGAGGAUCGAAAUGCAAACCAAGGUGUUGAUUUGGAACCCUUGUAUGAACGACUUCAGGAGAUUUACACACAGAUCGACGAACCCGACGGUAUCGAAGGCAUUUCGGCUCAUUUGCAAGUCCUUAAUAUAGAUCAGCAGAUCCUGGAGCAUCGCAAGGCGGGAAGAUGGACCGCAGCUCAGAGCUGGUACGAAAUCCUCCUUACAGAGAAGCCAAAGGAUUUUGAUGUCCAAUUCAACCUUCUCACAUGUCUCAAAGAGUCUGGCCAGCAUGAUGUUCUGUUGAAUCAAGUUGAGGGCUUCCAACAGUCAUAUGCGACCAACAUUCUGUCUCUACCAUUUUCCACAGAGGCUUCUUGGGUGACUGGGAAGUGGGAUAAACUGAAAGGCUACCUGUCUAUGUCCACGGAAGCUUCCAACGGAAACUUCAAUGUGGGGAUUGGACGGGCUCUGUUGGCACUUUCCGAGGAAAAUAACAGUCAAUUCUCCGCCAUUUUAAAUCAGCUAAGACGCAACACUGCAAGAGGUUUAUCGACAACGAACACAACGUCACUACAAGGGUGCCAUGACUCGCUAGUGAAGUUCCACGCACUCGCCGAGAUGGAAAUGAUUGGCGGUGCUGGAGACAUGGACAAAAACAUGAAAUCCAGCCUAGUGUCAUCCAUGGACCAACGAUUGGACGUGCUUGGGCCUUUCGUGUCCGAUAAACAGUACUUGUUGGGACUUAGAAGGGCGGCAAUGCAGCUUUCCAAGCGUCAUUUCUCGAACGCUGACAUCGCGUCUGCUUGGUUGACAAGCGCGAAACUAGCUCGCAAAGGUGGCUUCACGCACCAAGCCUUCAACGCCGUCCUUCAUGCGUCUCAGCUCGGCGAUGCAUCAGCAACGAUAGAGCAUUCUCGUCUUCUAUGGAGAGAAGGCAAUCAUCGCAAAGCGAUCCAAAGUCUAGAAGGCGCCAUUGGUGCCAAUGCUUUUAGAUCUCAUGACUACAUUGAGGCAAACGAAUCCUUAGCGACAAAACCCCCGGGCCUGCAGCAACAGCAAAACCUGCUAAAGGCGAGAGCUCAUCUUUUGCUAGCAAAGUGGAUCGACAGAGCCGGACAAACUCAAUCCGAUGUGAUCAUCCAUCAGUACAAUAGAGCUGCCGAAUUUCAUAACAGAUGGGAGAAGGGUCACUACUAUCUCGGAAAGCACUACAACAAGCUCCUGGAGUCAGAGAAAGCGAAACCACCUGGGAAACAGGCUCAGACUUUUAUACAAGGCGAGACUGCCAAAUUGGUGAUCGAAAACUAUCUCCGAUCGCUAGCCUUCGGGGCAAAAUACAUAUAUCAGACUAUGCCAAGGAUUCUAACGCUGUGGUUGGAUUUGGGAUUCGAAACCGAACAGCCUUUGGAUCCAAAGCACGGAAACGAAACUUUUAGAAGCCACACGAUGGCACAGCGAAGAAAGCUCCUCGAAGCUUGUAAUUCACAGAUGAGGAAAUAUAUUGACCGCCUACCGGCUUUUGCUUGGUAUACUGCACUGUCCCAGAUCGUGGCUCGGAUAUGUCAUCCAAAUUUAGCUAUCUACAAUCUCCUUGUUGACAUUGUGACCAAAGUCGUGACUCAGCACACGGCACAAGCACUUUGGACUUUGCUAGCCGUAGUCAAAUCAUUUUCCAAAGAGAGGGCGAGUAGAGGCAUGGCUUGCUUGACGAGAAUACUGGAGAACGCGAAGAAAUCCAAGGCAGACUCGACUGGAAUAGAGCUAAAGACACUGGUCACUCAGGGACAGAGAUUAACCGACCAGUUACUGCAUGUUUGCGAGGGCAAUAUUCCUAACAAGCCUACGAUGGUCAGUCUGACCAAGGAUCUUGGCUUCAACCACAAGACGGCUUCUUCUAAGCUCGCAAUACCGCUCGAGUCAUCUUUGACUGCCAGUCUUCCGACGAAUGACAGUAUGAAUAUAAGGAGUCACAAGGCGUUCAAUAGCAAAGACUACGUUCACAUAUCGUCCUUCCUAGAUGAUGUGGUGGUUUUGAAUUCUCUCCAGCGACCGAGGAAGAUCAGUAUCCGAGGCUCUGAUGGCCAUGUCUACGCUCUUCUUUGCAAACCGAAAGAUGAUCUUCGCAAGGAUCAACGUUUGAUGGAAUUCAACGCCAUGAUCAACCGCUCUCUGAAGAAAGACGCUGAAUCCAGCAAACGCCGGCUUUACAUCAAAACAUAUGCUGUAACGCCCUUGAAUGAAGAAUGCGGUCUGAUUGAAUGGGUAGACAAUCUCAAAACUCUACGUGAGAUUCUCUUGAACGGCUACAAGCAAAAGAACGUGCCGAUCAACUACGGCGAUUUGCGCAACCUACUUAACGAAUCUGUGACGUCUCCUGGCAAGCUUUCCAUCUUCACUGACAGAAUCAUACUCACUUUUCCUCCUGUCUUUCAUGAAUGGUUCGUUGAGAUGUUUCCCGAGCCUGGGGCAUGGUUCAAUGCUCGCCUGCGUUAUACUCGUUCGUGCGCUGUGAUGUCCAUUGUCGGACAUGUCCUUGGACUAGGGGAUCGCCACGGCGAGAACGUUUUGUUUGAAGAAAGCAAUGGAGGCACCUUCCACGUCGACUUCAACUGUCUCUUCGACAAAGGCCUCACCUUUGAGAAACCAGAGCUGGUCCCCUUCCGCCUCACACACAACAUGGUAGAUGCGUUCGGCGCUUAUGGUUAUGAAGGGCCGUUCCGCAAGUCUUGCGAGCUCACGCUUGGCAUCCUCCGCCAGAAUGAAGAUACGUUAAUGACGAUAUUGGAGACCUUUCUCUAUGAUCCGACCACUGAUUUCAUUGGUAAGAAGAAGAAGGCCAUUACCGGUGUGCCGGACACGCCGGAGGGAGUGCUAGAGAGUGUGAGGAACAAGGUUCACGGUUUGUUGCCCAUGGAAAGUGUACCAUUGAGUGUGGAAGGAUAUGUGCAGGCGUUAAUCCAGCAGGCGACAGAUCCAUUCAAAUUGGCGACAGUCAAAGGCAUUGCAAAGGAGUUGAAUCUGGCAUUCGAUGGCUCUGUUGGCUAG